CUCUCUGCAGGUGAUCAGUGGCGUGUUGUAUUGAGGGGAGAUAAAGUGGAUUACAUUCAUGCUGUUUUUGUUAAUGUAAAGUCUAGCAUGUUUUUUCACUGGUGUUGGAAUAGGUGUAUAGUAGCUUAAGUCCUGUAUCUCAAUGUACAGGGUUACAAGCAACAGAGAGCAUUCAUCAUAGCUCAGAGUCCCAUGGAGUCCACAGCCAGAGAUUUCUGGAAGAUGGUCCAUGACAGGAAGUGUGGAGUCAUUGUUAUGCUCUGUGACUUGGUAGAAGACGGAGAGGAGAUGUGUUAUCAAUACUGGUCUAAGACAGGAGUAGCUCAGUUUGGAGAGUAUACAGUUGAUCUGCUAGAGGAAAAGGCAGUCAAGGGAUUCCUCCUCCGUAAAAUCGCUGUUUACAACAUUAAGACUGCUGAUGCUCAUCAGGUUGUCCAACUACACAUGGUAAACUGGAGUCCUGAUGGCAGCUGCUCAAACCUCCCCACAAUCACUAGUGUGAUACGUGAGAUUACGGAUAUUCAAAUGAAGACUGGGAAUCAACCAAUUGUAGUUCAUUGCAGUGACACAGUGGGUAGGUCUGGGAUGUUCUGUGCCAUAGUCACCACCAUUGAGAGGUGUAAGACAGAGGGAGUGGUGGAUGUGUUCCAGGUGGUCAAGGCUCUCAGGGUACAGAAACCUGGAGCUGUCCUCACUGUGGCUCAGUACCGCCUGUUGUUUGAGGCAGUGUUGGUGUAUCUGGAAUCAUUUGAUACAUACAGCAAUUUUGUACGUAAAUAGAAAGCUUUUAGGAACAAACUCUGUUGCAAACUGUUCGUUUAUUCACAACCGCUUUUGCUGCAUUUCACUGCUGAUUUUUUAUUAUAAUGGCCAGUUAAUGCAGUUAUCAUUUAGUGAUACAUACGACCCAACAGAAUUUCAAC